UGUGGCGCUAAGUUGAGUUGUUCUUCGGUGCAACGUGAAUCUCCACUUUGGAAGUAACUAGCUCUCGUAUCAGUCUGAAGUAGUUCGCCAAAAGCGAUUUUCUUCGACUAUCGGUGUAAAGUUUUUAGUUUUUAUCACAAGUUACCAGUUUAGGAAGUCGUCAGAAGUUCACGCUGGAACAUGGCCGCUUUUGUGGAACCACAUUUUGAGGCCUGGGUGCAACAGGCAACCGUGGCCAACCUGACGGUCGUCGAUAAGGUCCCUGCCGAUAUGCUGCACAUGGUUAACGCGCACUGGUAUCAGUUUCCGCCAAUGAACCCGCUGUGGCAUUCCAUGCUCGGAUUCGCCAUCUUCAUCCUGUCCUUCAUUUCCCUGGUCGGAAAUGGAUGUGUGAUGUACAUUUUUACCGGCACCAAGACACUCCGCACCCCAUCCAACCUGCUAGUGGUCAAUCUAGCAUUCUCGGACUUCCUGAUGAUGUUCACAAUGGGACCGCCAAUGGUGAUCAACUGCUACUACGAAACCUGGGUUCUGGGACCGUUCGCUUGCGAGCUGUACGGCAUGUUCGGAUCACUGUUCGGUUGUGUCUCGAUCUGGACCAUGACACUGAUUGCCUUCGAUCGUUACAACGUCAUCGUCAAGGGUCUCUCGGCCAAGCCUAUGUCCAACAACGGAGCUCUGCUGCGUAUCCUCGGUGUGUGGGUUGCCACCCUGGCCUGGACACUUGCUCCCUUCUUCGGAUGGAAUCGAUAUGUUCCGGAGGGUAACAUGAGCGCCUGCGGUACCGAUUACCUCACAGACACCUUCCAGAGCCGCUCGUACAUUCUGGUAUACUCGAUCUUCGUGUACUUCGCGCCCCUGUUGCUGAUCAUCUACUCCUACAUCUUCAUCAUUAAGGCCGUAUCAGCCCACGAGAAGAGCAUGCGCGAGCAGGCCAAGAAGAUGAACGUCUCAUCGCUGCGCUCCCAGGAAACUUCAAGCACCAGCACCGAAAUGAAGCUGGCCAAGGUUGCCCUCGUUACCAUCUCGCUGUGGUUCCUGGCCUGGACGCCGUAUUUGAUCAUCAACUACACUGGUAUCUUCAAGGCUGCCCCCAUCACGCCCCUGGCCACCAUUUGGGGAUCACUUUUUGCCAAGGCAAAUGCCGUCUACAAUCCGAUCGUGUACGGUAUCAGCCACCCGCGGUACCGCGCUGCCCUCUAUCAGAAGUUCCCGUCGUUGUCCUGCACGGAUGCUCCCGAAGACAGCCAGUCGGUGGCUUCCGGAACUACAGCGGUCGUGGCCGCCGAAGAGAAGCCAUCCGCGUAAAUGGCCGCUGAUUACCGGAUCGAUUAAAGAGGAUUGUUUUGAGGUUUUUGAUGUUGUACGUUGUUAAUGUUAUUUAAUUUCUAUUUUUUUUAUUGUAUUAGCGUAGCUAGAUGCAAGAGCAAAUAAAAGUAAUUUGCUAUAAA